UUGCUAGCUUCAUCUACGACAUCUCGUAUAGAUACGACCAGCCAUCGGUAAUUGACUGCUCGCCGGACGCUUCAGGUCGCUGGACCUUCGAAAAUCAGCAAACAUGACAACACCCGUAAACGAGCGGCCCGAGCCAACGUACAAUAUGGAUAGUACCACACAUGGCCCUGCGACGCACCAGCGCUCAUCUGACGACGACGGCACAUAUGUCGGCGAGGAUCUGAGCCACCAACAGUCCAACACAUCAGCGCCAGCGAAUCCACCGAGAUUGGCGACCGGCACCCGGCCGCGAUCGGGAACUCAUUUGACCGUAGAAACCCAAUACGACUACCCGCAGCAGAUGCAGUCACCGUCUCAGACACGCGAGCAGGCGAGCAGACUUGAUGAUGAUCUUGCGGUACUCCAGAUCGAGCGGGGCAUUAUCGAUGCCGAAGCGCUCGAAAGAGGUCAAUCCGUAAGUCGUUCUAUGCAGAGGGUCAGAUCCCGACGCGACGAGCCUAUAGACGACUUCGAUGCGGCGACGAACCCUCUACACGAGCAGGCGGCCCGCUACAAGCCCCCAGAGAACCCGACUACAAAGUUUUCGAUAUUCUUCAAGAAGGUGCACAAUUCGAGUUGGAUUGUUAGGUACUUCACAUACAUCACACCUCUGGUUCUCAUUAUCCUCAUCCCGCUUUUGAUCGGCGCUCUGGCUUUCCCAGAUGUGAGUGUUGGCGGUGUUGAGCUUGUGUGGUUCUCAAUAUGGCUGAUGAUUAUUUGGUUGACACUUUGGGCUGGCAGGCUUCUUGCAAAAUUGCUUCCAUGGCCCAUUGGUCUCGUCUCUAGCUUGUUCACCAACAACAGCAAGAAGUGGAGAGAUAUGGGCAAACAGCUCGAGUUGCCAGCAACAUUGUUCUUCUGGUGGUUAGCCAUCGAAGUAUCCUUCCUUCCGACAAUGACACAUCACAACAUCGACCCAGCAAAGAACGGACAGACGCAGCCAUGGCAAAAAACGAUGAACAAGGUGCUUGUUUCAUUCUUCGUUGGCUUCGUCCUAAACUUCGUCGAGAAGAUCAUUAUCCAGCUCAUCGCCAUCAGUUUCCAUCUUCGAACCUACCAAGACCGCAUCGAACUGAAUAAGUUUCAAAUCGGCAGUCUGGUUAAGCUUUAUACGUACUCGAAACAAAAGAUUGCUAUGGAGGACUCUGAAUUCGAGCACAAUGAUCAAGGACCAUCCGGCGCACGUACUCCAGGUCAAUUGAUGGGUGAGGCUCAAAAGAAUAUCAAGGAGGGCUUCAGCAAGUUUGGAGACAUUGCAGGAAAGGUUGCUGGUGAUUUUACUGGCCGUCAGGUCACAUCGAGCAACCACCCUAGUCAAGUUGUCAUUCAACUCCUCAGCACCAACAGCGGUGGACAAGUUCUUGCCCGUCGUUUGUACCGGACCUUCGCACGACCCGACACCGAGACAGUACACUCUGACGACCUCAAGAACGCCUUCGAGAGCGACGAGGAAGCAGAUGCUGCUUUCUCUAUGUUUGACAAAGACAUGAACGGCGACAUUUCCAUGGAAGAACUGGAGGCGGUGUGUGUCGAAAUCGGCCGUGAACGCAAGUCCAUCACCGCAUCGCUGAAGGAUCUUGAUAGUGUCGUCGGAAAGCUUGACGAUGUUUUCAUGUUCAUCGUGCUUAUCAUCACAAUCAUCGUCUUCAUUUCGUUGAUCUCAACAUCAGCAUCUGGUGUGCUCACAUCCGCUGGCUCAACUCUUUUGGCUCUGUCAUGGCUGUUCUCUGCCACCGCGCAAGAGUUUCUUCAAUCGUGCAUCUUUGUCUUCAUCAAACAUCCGUACGAUGUUGGCGAUCGUGUGCAGAUUUACGGUAACAGCGGUGACCUCGGACUCGGUGAUGACUACUUCGUCAAAGAGAUAGCACUCUUCUACACCGAGUUCAAGAAGAUGCAAGGCCACGUCGUUCAAGCACCAAACAGUUACCUGAACACGCUGUUCAUUCUUAACCACCGCCGAUCUGGAGCUCUCGCCGAAGCUGUACCUAUCAUUAUCAAGUUUGGAACCACGCUCGAACAGAUUGAGAAUCUCCGCGCUAUGCUACUCGAAUUCGUUACGUCAGAGAAGCGGGAGUAUCAGACUAACAUUUUGACUGAACUGAGAGCAGUCAAAGAGGUUCACUGGCUCGAAAUGAACGUCGUGUUCUUCUACAAGUCAAAUUGGCAGAACGAGUUGUUACGUCUACAGCGCCGUAACAAGUUUAUCUGCGCGCUUACAAUGUCUAUCCAGGAGUGUGGCAUCGAAGGACCUCGCAUGCGCUACCCUGGACAGAAGGAGUCGUUCCCCGUAUACCUACAGAAUCUCCAGAACAACCCUACGCCUGGUAUGGGGCAGAAUGGCCACCCCGACAAUCCGAGUGGACACAUCAACAACCAAAGUCAAGACGCGCCUUUCGUGCCAGCAGUAGAUGGCUCCAACGAUGCCAAUCACGCUGCGGGGCCUGGUCGCCGUGGCUCCAUCUUACGCCAACCCGGGCAGUCCCGUGGAGAAUCAAUAGCCGCAAUGGGCAAACGUGUGGACUUUUCGCUGGGCAUGAAGGGAAUGAUUGACGACCCCAGCGGUGAUGUUCUAGACGACCGUGACGUUGCGGCCCGUCAACGCGCUACCGUUGUGAGAGUGACCUCGCCAUCACGCUCACAGGAUCGAGCGCGCUCGUCUCAAGACACGGCCCACUCCACAGGCAUCCAGCGUGUCGGUACGAAUAGCAGCCUGGGAGCGCGAGAGCGCAACCACAGGAAUAGGUUUUUCAGCCGUAGCCGUGGUGGCGACGAAGAGACCGGGAUGGCCAACAUACCUGAGGGCGACUACGACAGCACACCGGGUGGUACGGAGAAGCUCGAUCCGCGUACUGGACUGGUCAGCCCCAGGGCUGUAAGGUCGAGUGACGAACCUCGAGCGACAACAUCAUCUGGUGCUCUGAACCAGGUCAAUUCCAUCACCUCAGAGAGAAGCUUUGCUGCUCCAGCACGGUCACGGACCGAUAACAUCGAGAUGAGACGAUUCCACUAGUCUGUUUGUGAUUUGACUUAUUGUUUGCUUUCUUAAUAUAGACUGCUGGGACUGAGGGCUCAAGCUAUAGCGUGGUAGAUUUGCAGUCGAUACAACAUAGCAGACCAAGGGCAGUGCGCCAUGGUCAUGCACUUCAGCUUUCUGAAGUUCGCAUCGCAGAGCGUGCAUAGGGA